UCGCUCCGUGCCCGCAGAUGCCCGGGGUGACGGUGAAGGACGUGAACCAGCAGGAGUUCGUGCGCGCUCUCGCCGCCUUCCUGAAGAAGUCGGGGAAGCUGAAGGUCCCGGACUGGGCGGACACGGUGAAGCUGGCGAAGCACAAGGAGCUGGCGCCCUACGAUGAGAACUGGUUCUACACGCGUGCCGCCUCCACCGCGCGGCACCUGUACCUGCGGGGGGGCGCGGGCGCCGGCUCCCUCACCAAGGUGUACGGGGGGCGGCAGCGCCGCGGGGUCCGGCCCAGCCACUUCAGCCGCGGCUCCGGCGCCGUCGCCCGCCGGGUCCUGCAGGCGCUGGAGGCCCUCAAGAUGGUUGAGAAGGACCAGGACGGGGGGCGCAAGUUGACUCCGCAGGGGCAGCGGGACCUGGACCGCAUCGCGGGGCAGGUGGCGGCCGCCAGCAGGAAGCACUGAGGAGCUGAAUAAAAGCAGCGUGGAGAUG